UCUUCCCCCUAACUAAUUGAUUAAAAUAAUAAUUCAAAAUUUUAAAAUUAAAAUUUUCCAUCACUCUCUCCAUUCUCCUCUUUCUCCCACAUGGACCCAUUUUUCCUCUUGACCAUCAAAUGUCAACCGCCACCUCCUCUUCCUCCGUCUUCCUCUUCCACCCUCCUCUUCCUCCAUCGCCUCCACACGAUUCCAACCACUCUUACCUCGCAACCAUAGGCUUUGGCUACUCCAUAGCCAUAGCUCUCGGUUUCCUCGUACUCCUUUCAACCGUUCUUUUAUCCUCCUACAUCUGUUGCCGCAACUCUCGCCGCCGCACAACCGCCGUUGAAUCCACCGUAGAAGCUGGCGCAAGCGUUAUCCUCCCUCGCGUAAUCUUCGUCGCGGAAGAGGAUCUCGAAGCGGGUGACGUCAACGUGGGACUUGACCAAGCCGUCAUAAACUCUUACCCUAAGUUCCACUUCUCCAAAGGAACCUCCGCCGCGUCUUCCGACGGUUUUGGUAGCGGAGGAGAUACGACGUGUUCGAUCUGUUUGUGCGAGUAUAAAGAAGCGGAGAUGUUGAGGAUGAUGCCGGAGUGUAAACACUACUUCCAUUUAUGUUGUCUUGACGCGUGGCUCAAACUGAACGGAUCUUGUCCUGUUUGUCGGAACUCGCCGCUUCCGACUCCGACAUCUACGCCUCAGUCAACACCUUUGUCGGAAGUUGUGCCGCUCUCUCAGUACGCCGCUGACCGGAGGAGAGCAAGAAGAUGAGAUUGUUUUACAUAGAUCUAUUCGCCUAAUUAGGGUAUUAUUACUAUUAUUUUUGGCUCUGUUUCAUUACAGCUUCACUGCUUUGUAAUUAAACAUUCCGUUAAAAGUGGAGUUUGCCAUUAAUAUCAUCGAAAUGAAAUUCGUUUUGAAGUUUGAA